ACCAACUGCGCCGACGAUCUUGGUACACAUUUUUGCGCACGGAUCCAAGCAUGUCAAUAAUAUAGAUAUAUAAGUAUAUAUUUCUAGGAUGAAAACUUACACUUUUGGGAGGAUUUUUUCGUAGGUAGGAACUCUUGUUCUUUUAGGUACGGCUGAAACCCACUCGAGAUUUUCCUAUGAAACAGUUCAAUGGAUUACAAGGUUUCCAAAGUGACAUGGAAAUCCGCCGCUCUGGACUGUUUUGACUCUUCCCGUUCACGUUAGCUGAAUUUGUUGUGAUCACGCAGACGGGGGAUUUUAAUUUGCGAUCUUAAACAUGGAGGCUCCUUCCAGCUUUCAGCCGCAUCCAGGACUUCAGCAAACUCUGAAGCAGUUUCACCUGAGUUCAAUGAGCUCUCUUGGCGGACCGGCCGCCUUCUCGGCCCGGUGGCAGCAGGACAUGCUGUUUAAGAAGGACGGAAAGAGCGCGGAGGUGCUCGUGAGCCUCCCUGCGCAGACACCACCGGUCAUGCCGGGACCCCUCUUCAUCCCGUCCGACCGCUCCACCGAGCGGUGCGAGACGGUCCUGGAGCGCGAGACCAUCUCGUGUUUCGUGGUGGGCGGCGAGAAGCGCCUCUGCCUGCCGCAGAUUCUCAACAGCGUCCUACGGGACUUUUCCCUCCAGCAGAUUAAUUCGGUGUGCGACGACCUGCACAUCUACUGCUCCAGGUGCACAGCGGAUCAGCUGGAAAUCCUCAAAGUUAUGGGCAUCCUGCCCUUCUCGGCACCCUCGUGCGGACUCAUCACCCAAACAGACGCAGAGCGGCUCUGCAAUGCCCUCAUCUACGGCGGUACGUUUCCUCCACACGCCAACAAGAACUUCUCGUGCUCCAUAGAGCUGGAGCGAACGGAGAAGAGCUUCAAAGUUUACCACGAAUGCUUUGGGAAGUGCAAGGGCCUUUUCGUGCCAGAACUCUACUCGAACCCCAACGCAGCGUGCAUACAGUGCUUGGACUGCAGGCUCAUGUUCCCGACCCACAAGUUCGUGGUUCACAGUCACAAAAGGCUAGAGAACAGAACCUGUCACUGGGGCUUCGACUCGUCGAACUGGAGGGCUUAUAUUCUUCUGGAUCAAGACUAUACUGAGAAAGAGGAGAGCAGCACACUGCAGAAGCUCCUCAGUGAAUUAAAGGGGAAAUUUGACCUGGGAAACAAGCACAAGAUAUCUUACAAAGCAUACAGUCCCAUUCCCUCCAAAAAGUUUAAAAAUGACCAUUCAAGAUCCCCUUCUGUGGAUAAAGAGAAGCAAGCUGAUUGGCUGCAGUCUCUGGCUGCAUCUGCAAAUAAGGAUCUUAAGCAGCUCCAGUUUAAGCAGAGACCCUCUGCCUUCAGGCCCUGGUCUCCCAGAGUUCCCUCUGCUGAGAAAGAGACAUCUAGUCACAAAUACAAGAGAUCGCUCACUAAAGGACAAGACAGCCUGGCAGUCCCAAACGUAUCUCUGCCCAUUGCCACAUUUAAAAAUAAUGAGCCACUGCAUCGUUACACUCACCCCAGUGAGAACCACAACACAGGAAAGAGGUGGCCAUCUGCAGAGACGAAGUCACAGAUGAUCGCCAAGGCCUCUCUGCCCAUUCCAGUUGUCAAACAGCUGCCGCAGGAGGAUGAGGAUUCGGAUGCAGAAAUCGAAGUUGACAACUGUGAUGAAGUUGAUGUAUCCCAUCCCUUGAUGUCUCCUCCCUUUACCAACGGUGUAAGUGCGAUGAACCUAAGCAGUCACAGCCCUGCAGAGGUGCAUGAUGGGAGGAUGAAACUAGGGGCGACCCCUUGCUCUGAGCUGGAGGCUCUGAGGCAGACGCUGAGCAGUGACCUGAGCUCAAAAGAGGCUAGAGAGAGGUUCCUACAGGAUAUCGUCCGCAUGAGUGUAAAGCAAGAGGAGAAACUAGCGGCCGCUCUGCAAGCCAAACGAAGCCUUCAGCAGGAACUGGAGUUUGUGAGGGUGACUAAGAAGGGCAGGCUGAGGGAGGCCAUCGAAGCAAAGCGGAACCUGAGGAAGGAGAUCGAGCGCCUCCGUGUGGAGUGUGAGAAGAAGGUGCGAGACGCCAACGAGUCCUGUGGCAGAGUGAAGAGGGAACUAGACAGAGAGAGACAGAUCCAUGUGUGUGAUAAAGGCUGUGAGGCAGGACGCCUGAGGGCCAAGUAUUCCUCCCAGAUUGAAGAUCUGCAGAUGAAGCUCCAGCAAGCAGAAGUAGACCGUGAGCAGUUGAGAGAAGAUCUUCAGAAGGAGCGAGAAGCCCGACAGAACCUGGAGAGAGUCGUCGAAGAUCUCCAAAAACAACUGAGUCACAAAGCCGAGACCAUUCCAAAGUCACAGCCAACUGAGAGAGAGAAUAAAGAAAAAAGAGAUGAAAAAGAUGUAUCUUAAAUGUUUAGAAAUAAAAUAUACAGUAUAUGGAUGUAGAUGAAGACUUUUGAUUUGUGGACGAUUAGAGGACACCUCUAAAGCAAACGCAUAUGUGAAAAAUGUACGGGAGCAAAGGAGAAUGGCAAUGGAAAAACAAGCAUUACCAAUACCAAUGGAAACUGUAAGAUUACUCAAUGAACUGCACAAAAGUAACUGGAAGGAAGUUUGGUCAAAAUCGUGAGAGCAGGACAUUCAGAGAUGGUGGCAUUGUGUGGAGCGGACUCGCCUUCAGUUAGCUUCUUGAGCUAAUCCAUGGAAUUUAUUUUGUUAUAAGCUAUUUAAAAUUUUAUAAAGAUACUUGAAAAAAAAUCUGGGAAACGAAAGUGUUUUCUAUUCACAUUAAGUUGACAAUAGCAGAUGACCUGCUAGUGCCACUCUGUAAACUAGAAAGUGUAACGAGCCAGAACUACACAUACAGUACUACACAGGUGUUGUCAUUACAGUGUUUUCCACGCUUUCAUUUCCUUUUUUGUUGUUGUAUUGAAAUAGAUUGCAUGAGCAACAGUGCUAUGGUGCAGCAAAGAUUUAUUAUUAUAAACCUACAUUCAAAUGACCUUGUUAUCUUUGUAUUUUUAAAUCAUCUUGUACGUAAAGCCCUAUAGUAUUUGCAACGAUCAAUAUGGGCUCAACCCUACUCUGUCCUAUACUUCAACAUAUUAUGCAAUAAUCAGUAUUCACAGUAUAAAACAGUCAAAAAGAUGUUGUUGUCAUAAUUUUUGUACUCCUUUUGGAUUUGGUUUUUAUGGUGGAUUGAAUGUUUUUGUUGAGUACAUCAGAAUUAAUGAAUCCGUUUUCAGUCACUGACAAUUAAAAAAAAAUGCUGAUAAUUAAAUCAACAUUUCUACUUAUAUAGAAAAUAAGGAUAUAUUUUUUUACUUUCUACCAAAAAAGAAGAAUUUGCACUUUUAAGAAAAAAAGAGGCCCUAUGAUGAUUUAUUAUUUUAUUUUCAGAUCUCAGACACCAAGUAUUGAUUAAAUAAGAUUUCAUACGUUUGUUACAGAUGUGAAUACCAUUUAAACAUAAAAUGCAAUGUAAAUAAGGUAGCUUGCUUUACACUUCACUCUAAAUGCUUUUUCUCCAAACCAAUAGACUGUAUGUAAUAAUGCAUUUAUUAAAAAAUGCAUUUCUCCUAUCAUAUUUUUAACUAGGGCAUUUACUGUAUAUAAAUUCUUAUGUAAUAUUAACCAAAAAAUAGUAGAUCAUUAUAUUUCUGAAUAAUUUCAGUCCCUUUGGAAAUCACUUUAUAUAAUUACCAAAGCAAAGAUUCAUAUUCUGAGAUUCCUGGUGGAUAAUUACAUAUAUGUGAUGGAUUAACUGUAAAGAAUAUUUGAUACAUUUCUAAUGAUCUUUUAUCUUCAUUACCCCUGUCUUGAAUAAAGCCUGCCAUAAUACAUAUGCGAACCUCUUCAUUGCUCUAUUUAUUCUGGGUGACCUUUGACUUCCCAUUCUAUAUAAAGAGGUCUGUACGCUUGCCUAUGUCAGUUUUAAUUGCUUGAUGUUUUAAUGCAUCAUACUAGAUAUAUGCAUUGUGUUCAGGGUCUUGUCAUAGUUUUGGUUUUGAUGUGGGUCAUUUUCAUGGUUUGUUUUAAUGUUACCCCACAUUUAAUAACAUUAAACAGAAUCAAACAUU